CUCCGAGGUGAGUAGGUAAGCAGCGGCUAGUGGUGCAGGAGUGCGAGGGGGGAGAGCAAAUCAGCAGCUAGCAAGUUGCAAUGGCUGCUCAGGGAAGAGGCAGCGGUGCAGCAGUGGUCCUUGCGGCGGCGGCGGCGCUUGUCCUCUGCGUGCUCCUCCAGGAGGCCCGGGUCGCCGAGUCGGCGGUGUUCACCGUCGGCGACCGUGGCGGCUGGAGCUUCAGCUCCAACAGCUGGACCAACGGCAAGCGCUUCAAGGCCGGGGACGUCCUGGUGUUCAAGUACGACUCGUCGGCGCACAACGUGGCGGCGGUGAACGCGGCGGGGUACAAGGGCUGCAGCGCUCCCCGGGGCGCCAAGGUGUACAGCUCCGGCAACGACCGCGUCACCCUCGCCCGCGGCACCAACUACUUCAUCUGCAGCAUCCCCGGCCACUGCCAGUCCGGCAUGAAGAUCGCCGUCAACGCCGCAUAGCAUGACAUGAUGCAUCAUCUAGUACGAGCUCCUAUUUUAUUAUUACCUGAUCAUGGUGAUGAUUAACUCUUUGAGUGUGCCUUAUAUAUAAAUCUGCUUUUGCUAUUACCAUAUAGUAUGUAGUGCGUGCAUAAAGGUCGCCGGUUCAGAGUCGUGCUUGAUGAUCGAUUAUUGUCAGUUGCGUACUUUGCAGUGGCGUGUGUGAACUGUAAGUGGGUGUAGAAUGGAUUUUCUCUGUACACACACAUCAUGAUUGUGCUUAAUACGUUCGUGUUCGUGUAAACUAGCUAA